AUGGUGGUAUCGUCCGCAGGUCUUCACCAUGAAAUCGAGUUUUGCAUACAAGAAAUGGAACGCUUGAAGGUGACGGAGCUGAAGUCACUGUCUCGAUCUAUUGGACUUCCACUGAGUGGUAGAAAAGCUGACCUUCAAGACAGAAUACGUGCAUAUCUAAAUGGCUCAUGCCGAGGCAACGCCAUUGAUCCAUGGCGACCCAAAACCAUAUUGUUACUGAUGGACAAAGUGCAUCAAAAUGAUGCCCUCCCGACAUAUGAAUCUCUAUGGCUAGGCCUCAAGACCGGAAGCUUGCAAAACAACCCCGUGGCAACAGGUCAUCAACCUCCUAGCUCUUUGGGAUCAUCUUCGCAUGUGAUGCGCACGAAAGUUGAGCAACAAGUUCCCAAAAGUCGUUUCGCACUACAGUUUGAGCAAUCGCCUUUCUAUAGACUCAAAAGAAUGCUCAACGGUAGUCCUAAAUUUGCUCCAAAGAAUAGCGGUAGAGGUGUUUGUUCCUAUCAUUUCACUCUCAACAAAGAAGAGGCAACCCUUUUCGAACGUGAUGAUAGCCAUUCCCGAAUUAAACUGUAUCUUUUCUGUGGAGUUCUUCCUCCAGUGGCUGAUACUAGCGUACCCAGUUCAAUCCAGUUCCCUCACCCAAACGACAUAUCUUUCAACGGCAUAACGCUGAAGGAUAAUGUACGAGGACUGAAAAACAGACCCGGUACAGCAAAGCCAGCAGAUUUAACACCAUAUCUCAGGACCUUUACCGAAAAUCACUUACAACUGACGUACGCAUUUACCAAGGAAGAUUACUUGGUAUGCUGUUACAUAGUAGAAGUGUGUUCACCGCAAGAAAUUCUAAACGAAGUUCUUCGUCAUCCUAAAAUUGUGACACCCGCCACUCUCCAGUAUCUAAGAGAGUCGUUGAGUGAAGAUGAAGACGAAGACUUGGUUACAACUUCCACGGUAAUGACACUUCAGUGUCCCAUAUCAUACUGUCGCAUGCGAUAUCCUUCAAAAUCGGUGCAUUGUAGACACCUUCAAUGCUUCGACGCUCUGUGGUAUAUUGAAUCGCAACAGCAAAUUCCUACCUGGCACUGUCCUGUUUGCCAAAAAACGAUAAAAGUCGAGGAUCUUGUGUUGUGUGAAUUUGUCGAAAGUAUUAUCGAACAGUGCGAUGACGAAGUUGAACAAGUGGAGAUAUCAAAAGAUGGUUCAUGGAAACCCAUCUUCGAAGACGAAACGCCUGCACCUAGAGAUAAUAGCAAAGUUCAUGUCAAGUCUGAAAACGGACAAGGUUUGAGCUCAAAGGAAAAUAGCAUGCCUGACGAAGAUGGCGGUGAUCCAAUCUCAGCAGGGCGGGCUAGAUCACAACACCCUGAUCCUGUUGUUAUUUCUCUUGACAGUGAAGAUGAAAAUGAGGAGUCUGAACGUAUUGACCGCACUCGAGGUUCAGAUGGUGGUUCACGCCCAACUUCUACAGCUGCUCUACAGACCACGGCGGAGAAGCGGCCUGAUCCCCCAUUCCCUCGAGAUAAUACAUUGGGUAACAUUUACAGUACCUAUAUGGAUGAUGCGUCUGAGCCGCUUCCAACGUUAGACCCCGGACGCGCAAAUUCAACUCCAAUGGGGAUCAACUAUCAAUCGUUAGCUGCUCGUUCUCCUGGUGAGGAGGGCGAACCUAACAGUGCGGUUUUUUUUCCUCGUCAACGCUUAGUGCCAAACAUAUUAGGAAGGACGCCUUUAAGGAAUACGAGCCAAGGCAACGGUCACAGCGAAAAUCACGGAGAUGUCGAACAUGGGGCUGAUAAUACUCCAUCACCCAGUCCGACUACUAAUAAUACAUCAUUCAUACCAAGGCUAACUAAUCCAGAUAGAGAGGUACUUUCAAGACACGAGCACGUGAACGAAGGUACUACUUCUGUGGGCACAGCGGCCAACGGGAAUGGAAAUAAUUUGGGUUCUGUUGGUCCAUCCGAGUAUCAGCCAGCCCAACCCGAAGACUCUCAUGUUUCUGGAAGGGAACGAAGGGCUGCCGAAUGCGCUAAUAUGCUUGGAUUGGGUGAUGAAAUAGGUGCCAUUGAUCAACUGGAACAAAACAACGGCAACUUCAGUGAUGUGGCGCCGUCGAAUGACGAAAAUAGACAGCAAGGAGAUAGAGAGCUCAACAGUUCAGAGCGUGAGGAGCACUUCAGCUCUCAUUUACAAGCUCCAAGAAAUUUAUUUGCUGGCUCAAAUCCAAGCCCAUACGAAAAUCCGCAUUUCGGCACUGAUCCCAACUCGAAUUCACGAUACUCAUCGGUACGUCCACCGCUACCACCUGUUCCGCAAUCAAUGAACAGACUUUCAAAUACAGCUAAACCAACUCCAUCGUCAUCUAUGCGUCACAGGAAACCUAUUGUUUCUCCUUUCAUACCUAAAAAGUCUUACGCUAACAUGCUGCCGCAGAAACGUCAAAUUUCAGUUGAUUCGGUGAAUAAGUCCAACGCAUCUGAUAAUAACAGCGUUUCGAGUCCCUCUACACCCUUUGCAGACGGUGUCUCUGGGUCCAUUUCUCCACCGCCACCUAUUUUACAUCGCUCCGAUGAUAAUGAGCUGGAUUUCAUUGAUCUGACUUCGGACGAGUAG